GUAUUCAAAACAUUAGUAACCCACAUUUAAAGAGAGGUGAAUCAUAUUAACAUUUUAAACAACAGACAUAAUGAUUGGAUUUUUGAGUGUAAAUGGUACACUUGGAACUAUAAGCUUAUUUAUGGAUUUCAUAUUAAGUCAAAACAAAACAGAUUUUAAUGAAGAAAUAAAACGAGACAUGCCUAUUUAUCUACACCAAGACCACUUUGUUCUUGUCGUUACAAUUACAGUGCUCGGAAUUAUUGGAAAUGUACUCCCACUUGUGAAGAUGACAUGGAACAAAAAUUUCCAAGGAACUGUAUUUGUUGUUAUCAGAACCAUAAUAAUCACAGAUAUUGUGAAUUUGAUACUGUACCUUGUUCAUGCUGGAUUUGAGCUUGAUGACUUUCGUCUUGAAAAAGUCCCAUGUGCAACCUUUCUGGUUGUUUUUUAUGGUGUUGCUCAUACCUCUGCUGCUCACGUGGUUUUUCUAUUUGGACUUCGGUGUUACAUGGUGUCGGAACCCAUAAAAUUCAAUCAGUUACGGAAGCGAACAAUUAUCGUCUCCUCUGCUGCAAUAUGGGUCCUAAGCAUAUUAUUUUCGAUAUUUUAUUUUGUUCUACGAUACAAAUCAGGAAUACAGACACCUAGUUAUGUGAUAAUAGUAUUUCGUGUUUACCUUAUUAUUGUUCCUGUCCUGCUCAUCAUUUUUUUCCACGUAAAGAAGAUACAUCGUCUCAAGAGCACAUUGAGUAAACACAAUAUUGAACACAACAUUAUCAAGAUGUCCCUUGUGAUGUCAUUAAUUCUUAUCGUGUACAUGUCAUCGGCUAUUCUUUUCCUUGUGUGCUACAUCUUAUCAUUAUAUAGAUUUAAGAGCACAGAGAAACAAUUUCUAAUUGUUGCACAACUGGCUUGGUUACUUAAUGCUGUGCUGAGCCCAUUCAUUUAUGUUGUUUCAGCACCGAGUUUUCAUAAAUAUUUCAAAUACUUAAUAACAACUGUCCAAACAAUGAAAUGUCUAGCAGAUCAAAUUGAAACAGAUAACUGAUGUUCUACAUCUGCUAAAGAAUUUGAAACGAACAUUCAAAAGAAUGAAGUUAAACAAUGACUGUGUAUUCAUGUUUUUUCCCAAAAUAUUCUAAACAUUAAAGGAAAUGGAUAGAUGGUAAGAGAAAUUUAUCCUUCAGGUUGCAAUGAUUCUCAUAAAAGAGACACCAUGCAAUCAACAAAUACAAUGUUUAUGUAACUUUGCAUGCAGACACCAAUAUCAUUUACUUGUUAAACAAAGCAUCGGUAAAAGGUACAGAUAAAAUGUAUGAAAAGUAUAUCACUGACCUGACCUCAAAUUCAGUAAUGCGACUCUUUACUUAAUUUUUUCUUUUCUUUCUUUCUUUUUCUUCUUUCUUUUUUAUGAAGUCAUGCAUACAUUAUUAAUUUGUCACCUCAUUGGUUUCUUUUUUAAAGUAAAAGAUUAUGUAAUACAUGUAUAUUAAUGUUAAUUCAGAUAUAAAAUUUAGAGUUAUAGAAAAUAAACCAGA